AUGAAGAUUAGGAUUAUCCCAUUACCACCUUGGAGUGAAAGUUUUGGACAGAUCCGAAUCAGGGCUGCGUAUUUAAUCGAGGUCCAUAGUCCCAAAGGAAAAGCAUGGAUUUCCGAGUACGGAAGCGAUAUAUCUGAUCCCUACUCAUGCCCACAAAGAGUGGUAGCAAUAUCUGAUGAAAUUGUAGAACUCCCUCUUCCAGUUUAUUUUGAGUUGUCAUGGGAUAGGGAGCUAACUGUACCGACAGAGCUUAAGAUCAAGUUUGAAUUCAGUACUGAAUGCGAUGAGUCCGGGUAUUGGAGAGUCGCAAAUAGCUCAUCAUCGCCAACCAAAGAAAUAGUCAUGUCGGGAUCGGAGUCAAGCGAUGACACCACUUUCACCGUCAUGAAAUCUGACAAAGGAUAUUACAAGUUUGUUUUUGGAAGUGCUGACAAACCUACGGAUAUCGGUUUAGAUGAGAUUCGUUCUGGAGUAUGGAGGUUGAUAUUGUCGAACAACUCUGACUUUGGCGUUUCUUUCGCCCCGUAUUCCCUACACGCCCGUAAAGGCCGGCGAGGCCAGUUUGAGUAUCUCUAG